AAUUAAAUAAAAAAAAAUUUUUUCUCUUAACAUUCAAAAGAGAGAAUGAACAAUUAGAAUGAUGAAAAAACGGCAAAUGGCUUCUCCAAUAUGGCUAACUCCUCUUCUUCUUAUGAUUCCUGUAUUAUUCUACCUUUUGAAAAAUAAAAUUCAAGCUCAGCGAUCACAGAGAAAGCAGCAACCUCCAGGGCCUCCAGGCAUUCCAAUCAUUGGCAACUUGCAUCAACUUGGGGAAUUGCGUCAUCGCUCUUUGUGGCAAUUCUCCAAGAAAUAUGGUCCUGUGAUGCUUCUCCAUCUGGGUCGUGUACCAACAGUUAUCGUCUCUUCUGCAGAUGCAGCUAAGGAGGUCUUGAAAACCCAUGAUCUCAAUUGUUGCAGCAGACCUCUCCUGGCUGGUACUGGGAAACUAUCCUACAACUAUCUUGAUGUAGCUUUCACUCCCUAUGGGGAUUACUGGAGAGAUAUGCGAAAGCUUUGUGUUCUUGAGCUCUUCAGUGCCAAGAGAGUCCAGUCGUUUCAAUUUGUUAGGGAAGAAGAGAUUGAUUUGCUCAUCAGUUCCAUCUCCAAGUUUUCUUCCUCUGCCACCCCUGUUGAUCUUAGUGAGAAGAUACUGUCUCUCACUGCGAACAUAACUUGUAGAGCAGCUUUUGGGAAGAUUUUUGAAGAGAAAGAGUUCGGCGAUGAAAGAUUCCAAGAAGUUAUUCAUGAAGGCUUGGCUAUGCUUGGGAGCUUCUCUGCAGCUGAUUUCUUUCCUUACGUGGGUUGGAUUGUUGAUAGACUCACAGGUCUCCAUGCAAGACUUGAAAAAAACUUUAAAGAAUUUGAUGUUUUCUACCAGAAAGUGAUAGAUGAUCACAUCCAAAAGCAAACUAAAGAGCCUGGAAACGAAGAUAUUAUCGAUGUUUUGCUUGGGAUGGAGAGACCUCAAACUGAAUCUUCUGCAAUUCAACUGUCCCAGGAUCAUAUUAAAGCGAUUCUCAUGAACAUAUUCCUAGCCGGAGUCGACACCGGAGCAAUAACAAUGGUUUGGGCCAUGGCAGAGCUUGCUAGACACCCUAGAAUUAUGAAAAAAGCACAAGAAGAAAUCAGAGGUUGCAUAGGAAAGAAAAGAAAAGUCUCUGAAAGUGACAUUGACAAGCUUGUAUACUUAAAGAUGAUAGUGAAGGAAACAAUGAGACUACACCCACCAAGCACACUACUAAUUCCAAGAGAGACCAUGUCAAAGUUCAGCAUAAAUGGGUAUGAGAUAGAGCCCAAGACUCGAAUCCAAGUGAAUGUGUGGGCAAUAGGAAGGGAUCCCAAGAUAUGGAGAAACCCUGAAGAGUUUUAUCCAGAGAGGUUUGUAGAUAAUCACAUUGAUUUUAGAGGGCAGAAUUAUGAAUUGUUGCCAUUUGGCGGUGGCAGGAGAGGGUGUCCUGCAAUCUCCAUGGGAAUAACAAUGGUGGAGCUUGCACUUGCAAACCUUCUAUUUUGGUUUGAUUGGAAGUUGCCUUUUAAUACGAAGGAGGAAGAUAUUAACAUGGAAGAGAAGGUUGGUCUUACGACUUACAAGAAGACAGCUCUACUGCUAGUGCCAAUUAAAAGUGACCCUUAAUAAUAAGAGACAUAAGAAAAAAAAAUUGCAUGUGCCUGUUCCUUUGCUUUGUAUUAAUAUCUUAGCAUUUAAUUUUGGGGAUGAAUUUUACAAACUCCCUUAAAGUAUAGGUUUUUUAUUCAUAUACACUCUUAAUUGUUUUU